CAGGUAAGGGCGGAUCCUCCGCGCAGUGUGGGGAUUACCGGGCUGAAGCGGACUGUGGUCGCUGCGGGGCAGUGCUGCGCAGUCGGGAGCAGCGUGCAGCACGGCUGGCAGGUGCGCUGAGAGCGAGACAAACCAGCCACUGAGCCAGUAACGGGGACCGCUGCCAGACCGAAGAUGGCGUCGUCGCCGCGUUUGCGCCUGCUGACCUGCGUUUGGCUGCCGCUGCUGCUGGCCACGGCCGACGGCAGUCGCCUGGCGGAGCGGAUCGCCAGCCGGCGCACCACACCCAGCUCCCGGCAGCCCUCGUCGCCCGCGACGUGCCCCAACGGCGUCACGUACUUCGACGGCUGCAACUCGUGCUCCUGCGGCACCGAGCAGCUCUGCACGCUGAAGGCUUGCAACGAUGACACGAUCGUCCAUAUAUUCGACCCAUGUCAUGGCAUAACAUGUGGCUAUCACCAACGCUGUCAGGCAAUCUGUGUGGGGCAGGUGUGCCAACUCAGACCGCUAUGCGUGUCAGACGACUCGCCAACCUGCCACAACUGUCCCUGGCUCUGCGUCGACGAGAGGCUAGGCUGCAACGACAACUUCAGCGGCGUCGCCUGCAAGCCGAGUCUGUCCUGCUACAAGCCCAACAUCUAACCUUACCGGCGGCGCAGCUGAAUGCCGUUUUACGUCCUCGGACAUCUCGAAUAUGGUCGUGACUAAAAAAGCGCAUUUAUUGGAACGGUUUUGCAACUUGGCGCGGUACUUCGAUGUCAUAAACUAUUUGUUGACGUG